AUGUCGCAGGUGUCAAAACAAGGCUGUCACUUCUGGGUAGAACGCGUUGAAGGCACGCCACAGAAUAGUCAGGAUAUUCUUCUUACUCCAGACGACGGUAUUCCUGGAGGGACAUCCGGAACUUUCCCCCAGUCAACCUCAACAGAGGUUGUUGGAAAGCAAGGCACUCCGCAAUCCCCAUGCCAAUCAUAUGGCCACCCAUUCGAAGCGGACACCGUUGAGCCGCAGAUUUCAUCACUAGAUUGGAUAACCGCCCGUCAGCUACCUGACCCUUGGAAAAUAAGACUGCUUGUCGAAGAAUACUUCAACAAUAUCCACCCCCUACGCUGCUUUGCUUUCAUCCACCGGCCUACAUUCCUACAGAGACUGGAUAAAGACAAUAAGUAUUCGCAUAAUGCCUUGCUCCAUAUAAUAUGUGCCCUCGGAGCCCAAUUCCAUGCACUCUCCUACAGUGAGACAGUAUCGCCGCUUCCAUCCAGAUUUGUCCUGCUGGCAGGAAAUGAGUGGGCGAAAGUUGCCCAGAGACUCAUACUUGAAUCGCUAGACUCUGUCACGAUUGAGAACUUGAGGGCAGCUGUAUUGCUAAACGACUAUGCCAUCCGCAUGGGCAACUUUGCAAAUGCCUUCAUGCUGAGUGGUAUCAUUACGCGCAUGACUCAAGCAUUACAGAUCAAUCUGGAGUACAAUACCGAUCUUCUAUGUCAGAAUAAUGAAGUUGGCCCUUCUAUAACGGCCAGGGAAUCUCGUCGGCGAGUGAUGUGGAGUUGCUAUGUGAUGGACGCCCUCGUUGGAAGUGGAGUGGACCAGCUGACACUAAUUGACGAGAAGGACAUGAAAAUCCAGCUGCCAUGCAACGAGAGAAAUUUUACCCAGCAGAUCCCAUGCCUCACAGAAACACUGGAGCCUGGUAGUUGGUUAAACUUUGUCCCCCAAGAAGCUGACCCCAGCGCCAUCCUACCGAAUAUGGGCAUCAUGGCAUAUUUUGUACGGCAUGUCUCCGUUCGCAAAAGGGUUCUAAGAUACAUCAAACAUCUUGAUGAUGCCAUGGUCCCGUGGGAUCCUCAAUCUGAAUUCGCAACGCUAGAUGCAGAUUGUCGCGAAUGGUACGAAUCAUUACCACCAAGCCUGCAGUUCACGCCCAAUGCAAUAUACAUUCGAAAAGAUUCUUCGCAACUUGGUGCUCUUUGCGUCUUACAUUGUGCACACUACCAAACGAUCUGUGACUUAUACCGAUUAGGCGCCCCGGCUCUGUACAAGUUGCGGGCCGCCUUCGAAUUUCCACCUGAACAGCAAGACUUUCUGAGACACCUACAACAGGUCCUUUUUGAUGCAGCAAGGACAUUAGCGAGCAUCAUUGGGGAGACAGCCCAUCAUGGAUCACGCAUGCUGGCGGAUUCUUGGCUUCCGACUAUCACAUAUGAUAGCUGUCGAAUCAUGGUCUAUCAUUUGACCCAGAUUCUAGAUCCGCGUGCUGAAGAAACGAAAAGAAUCACUAUUGAAACGAUUCCGCUUUUACGAAGUAACAUCAACUCUAUGAAAGUCAUGGGAUCACUCAGCAUGAUUUCCAACUCUCUAUGCACUGCGGCUGAGAAGAUGCUUGACCGUUCGGGUAUAGGCUCAGAUGUUGUUGCUCAGAACAGUAUACCUGAUGAUCCUUACCAGCCUCAUGGAGAGGAGGAGCAGACUGAGAGCGUCCCGGGAACCCCAGUCCAGAGUGCACCUGACUACGUGCUGAAUCCAUUGUCUAUAUUUCGCAUGGCGCGCAAGUCUAUCCCUGAAAGGCACGCCCCUGAAAAGGCCGCGACUUCCUCGGCUCCGAAUAGCGCGAAGCCCAAUUCCACCACUGAUACGGAUCCACCUUCAAGUGGCGCUAUGCAGCAAGGGGUAGAUACCGGUACUUCCCACGACCCUGAACUGGGAUUAGGCCAGGCCAGCCUCGAGGAGCUUCAGACACUGUUCAUGUCCGACUUGGGUUGGGCAUGGCAACCAGCAGACACAGCUGUUGGCUCAGGUAUCGAGGCAGCCGGACUAUUGCCAUGGGCUGGUGGCUUUUCCACGACUCAGGCAGAGCCAUGGGUACCGGCAUUCCCGUUCUCGCAACAGACCUAA